AUGGCCUUGAGGAAAUUCGGAAGGUUGAGCUUGAUAUCAAGAAUAGGGAAGAGGGACUUCUCAAUCGCCUCAACCAGUGAGGGGCUGAUCGAAAAGGCUGACUCCAAGUCCAUCAACCUCUUUACUGCUGUUAAUCAAGCACUCCACAUUGCCUUAGAAACCGAUUCUCGUUCUUAUGUAUUCGGGGAAGAUGUGAGCUUUGGUGGUGUCUUUCGUUGCACCACCGGGCUAGCCGAACGAUUUGGGAAAAAAAGGGUUUUUAACACCCCUCUCUGUGAACAGGGUAUUGUUGGAUUUGCUAUCGGUUUAGCAGCAAUGGGAAAUCGAGCUAUUGCAGAAAUUCAAUUUGCAGACUACAUAUUUCCUGCAUUUGAUCAGAUUGUGAAUGAAGCUGCCAAGUUCAGAUACAGAAGUGGUAACCAGUUCAACUGUGGAGGCUUAACUAUAAGAGCUCCUUAUGGAGCUGUAGGCCAUGGCGGGCAUUAUCACUCCCAAUCUCCGGAAGCUUUUUUCUGUCAUGUUCCCGGUAUCAAGGUGGUGAUCCCUCGGAGCCCACAACAAGCAAAAGGUUUGCUGCUAUCAAGCAUACGAGAUCCAAACCCGGUUGUCUUUUUUGAGCCCAAGUGGCUCUACCGUUUGGCUGUAGAAGAGGUUCCUGAAGAUGAUUACAUGUUGCCACUGUCAGAAGCAGAGGUUAUCCGAGAAGGUAGUGAUAUAACACUUGUUGGCUGGGGAGCUCAGCUAUCUGUCAUGGAACAAGCCUGCAUUGAAGCUGAAAAGGAUGGAAUUUCUUGUGAACUUAUAGACCUAAAGACACUGAUACCAUGGGAUAAAGAAACCGUAGUGGCCUCUGUUAGAAAGACUGGUAGGCUUUUGGUAAGUCAUGAAGCUCCAAUAACUGCUGGAUUUGGUGCUGAAAUUUCGGCUUCAAUAAUUGAACGUUGCUUUUUACAGUUGGAAGCUCCUGUUGCACGCGUAUGUGGUCUAGACACCCCUUUUCCUCUCGUUUUCGAGCCAUUUUACAUGCCUACAAAGAAUAAGCGGAUGAUUUCAUUUCCAAAAGGAUCUGUGCUUCGCACCAAAGUACACCCCCAUUUGGCCAUUUCUCCGCCCUUACCAGCAGAAAUGCCCCCUCUUUUCCUUCCUCCCAAAAACAAGAAGGUUGUGGGGACCAAAUUAGGCUUUUCGUAA